GAAAAGCCUGGAAUCAUCGCCAUGGAUAUUAUCACUAUGGCGAGUGUUGCCUUGCAGAUGGCAGUGAAUCUCACUCAGAUUGCGUUGAUUGGGUUUGGUAUUGAGAGCGCCAUUAUUCCGGAUGUCGGGCUUGCUGUCGCCAUCGUUGGUAUUGUCAUGACCAUCCUCGAGUAUGUUCUGUAGAUUACAUCUCUCUGUCCCUGCAUCUGGCUAACCAUGUGUUAGAUGGGUCAUCCC